GAUGUCUACACUCCUCUCUUGUCCAUCUCCCAAUUUUAAUCACUUCAGUAUUGAGUUGACUGUCUCUUCAGCUUCCUGGGCCCUGAGCUCUGGAAACUCUCUCUGUCUAAACAUCUGUGCCUCACAUUCUUUGUUAAAAAUCAACCUUUUUGACCCAGCAAAUUGUCUUUGUACAUCUUUAUGGUGGCUCAAUGUCUAAUUCUGUCCAAUAUUGUAGUGGGUGUGCUGAGUAAAGACAAGGUGUUGCCCUUACCAAGGGCUAGGACCAAGCUUUGUUCAGGGGAGAUUUCGAGAUGUGAGAAGGUAAUGGAAAAUAGGAAUUUUUUUUCUGUGCUUGCAAUCUUAGAGCUGCCUCCUCCUCCGAUUCCCCCUCCCGCCAUCAAAUCGCCCAGCUUCCAGGCCAAGGUUCACCCGGAUGCCUGGCCCCCCAUGGUACCAAAAUCCCACGCAGUGGAGCAAAAGGUGGAGCGAGCCGGGGAUGGCAGGAAGACCAGUGGUCUCCGAGGAAGAGAAGGCACGGAAGCCCAGCACCUUCCCGAAAGCCGCACAAACCCGGCAGAGUACCGAGAUCUUCCCGAUGCCUGGCAGCAGGAUGCCCUCCGUACCAAGCAGCGCCUGAACAAGACCAGCAAGCGGGAGACAUCUCAGCCAAAGGCACGCCUUCCAGCAGGUGCUGCAGAGGAUGUGCUUCCAUACAGUCGGCCAACAUUCCCCUCUGCACAGAAUCCCAGGGAGCCCAGCUCUUCCAGCUCCAUGUCCUCUAGAGGGUCUGGGGGUCGGAGGAGAGCAGAACAACUCAUGGCUGGCAACACCACUGGCAUCUCCCGCAGGAACCCGUUGGAUGCUGGCCUUCAGGAAAUGGGAACGUACGAAUGUGAGGAAGAAGAUUUUGAGGAGACUGAGAGCUGAAGAACAAAGCUAUGUCAAAUGAUGAACUCCGAUUGCACUUUGGAGAGAUCUAUAACAGUUUUUGUAAAACUCCCGCCUUUGGAUGAUAUUUGAUGCCAGAUAUAAUGUUUGGCGCAACAAUAGACCAUGUAAAUUAUCAAUGCUUGCAUCGUACUGAUUGAUCACGUCCUUUUUUUUUAACUGUAUCAAUUUUGACUUUUCGUUUCUUUUUGAGUGGGGUGGGGAGGGACAAUUUUGGCUUUUAAUUAUAAUUUAUGUCUUGAUUUGACUGUCACUCAAUUUGAAAACUUUUUUUUUGAUUGAGAUAGAGUUCCUACAACAUGGAAAAUUGAAAUGGGGUGAUUCAUAUUGUAAAUAUGUACUGGAUUUUUUUGUCACACCUCAUUAAACCUCCAAGUUCCUAUUCAGCCCUGUUGUAAAUAAGCCGUGUGUUAAACACCAUCCUCCAAAGAAUGGCCAUUUUGGCGAAAAGCUGAAUUUUUUUUAAUAAUAUAUGUAAUUUUUUGUCGUUGUAAUGCACUGUUUUAAUUUUUUUUGGUUUAUUUCUUGGUUUCAAAAGCACAAUCACUAAACUUAAUUUUGAAAGGAAAACCAUUCUUUAUGAAUCUCCGACACCAAUGCGGAGAAUUGCGUGUGACGAGAGAAGGUGGGGGGAGGUGAGGAGGAGAUAGGAGAGGUGUUCAAUUUUCCAGCUGUCGGGAGUUAGCAGCUGUUUUGGGGAAGGGGUAAGUGAGGGAGCAAAUGGAAACAUGAGGUUCAAUUCAGGAGGAGUUAGGAAGUCCCAAUUGCACAGAGCCUAGUGAAAGAAGCAAAGAUUCCAUUUGGUCUUUUGUAAGAGAAGGUUCUUUUCAAGAGGAGGACUUGAGACAAAAAUUGUGGCUGUUUACAGUCAAGCAGACCAGUCUGCAUAAACGUCAAUGAGGACUUUUGCCAAUGUAAAAUCUCUUUAAUUAUCUUUGCUGAUCUCUAAGCUGAUUCUGUUCAGUGUGGUGUGGGACAAGAGCAGGAGGUAGAGAGAUGCAGCAACAGAUACUGCUUGGAAACAGCUAUAUAAUUAACAGGGUACACUGUUUUACAUUCGAGGGAAGGUACAGGUUUAUACCUGAUUGGCCCCUAAAAAACUGAAGAGAGAUCACUUUUCAAUCUCAUGUGACAGGUGGUGUCAUUGGAUCAAGGUUUAACUUUGGGACUUCUGUUUUGUGGUACUAAAGGCAAUGGUGUAUCCUGUGAAGGGAAUCGGCAAACCUGUCUACGAUGUUUGGUACUUUUUAUGUAAGAGUUCUUUUCCGUAGUCAUAAAUUUACGUAUUCAGGAUCAAAUAAUCCUUAAAAGUGUAAUUUCCUUGCCACAUUAUUUAUUAAAAAUUGUCCUCAAAAUCA